AACGCGUUGCAUGUGGCCGAUGAGUCAACGAACAAGUAUCGAGGAGGAGGACUAUAUACGACAACGUGUUCGGAAAAGGGAAAACAGACCCAUAAACAUCCAAGUAUAGCCGCCUUCGCUAUGGAUCUCGGUUAUGUUGUGAGGGGGGGAUAACGGUCAUGAAGCGUGAAUCACGACUGCAAGAACGCAUGAAUGGACGAGAUCAAAAAUGUUUGGAAGAUUCAGACACAACGAGUUCUCCACUUGGCUGAUGAUGACCCACACUAUGAGUUGAAAUUGUUACUCAAUCUCCAGUGCUUUCUUCCGCCCAUGUAGAGGUAUGCGUGCCUCUUGGAAAUCGACGUCUAGAAAAAGGAUAAGAAACCUAGUCGUGGGUUGCCAGUUGGUCUUUCGUCCUCGUCCCGUCCGGAGCAGCGCGCUCGCUCACGUUGUUUGGGAUUUUUAAAUCUUUCGUCGCUGUCUCGUUGAUCCGCACCAGGGAAAGCGCAGCUGUGGCAGACAACUGUUGCAAAUACAUCCAUCAGCCCAUAGUGUCGUUCAUUUUGGGGCGCAUGACCAGCACCUGGCCGUGUGGACGUGCUAAAUAUUCAUCCAUCACUGCCUCGUACCUUUGCAAGGGCGCUGGAUAUUUUCAUCUGAUCCUGCAGCUCGAGAUCAACAGUUGAAAGAGCGGAGGCAAAACCGAAAAAUUCCAACAAUGUCUGGAGAUGUUCGUCAUCAUUAUUCGUCUUCGUCGAUGAGCAGUAGCCGCCAUCAUCAGCAGCAAUCGUGGACUCAAAGUCAGCAGCAGCAACAUUAUUCAACAGAUUUUGAACAUGAAGAGGUGGAUGAUGAAGGAGAGGAGGAAGAUGAUCAUCAUCGAACACAACUCCACCAGCCAUUGUAUCCGGCUUCUGAAUGGGAUCAAAAGUUAGAUCGGAUGCUGGAUGAACUGCAACUGAGCAUAUCGCCUCAACGGAAAACGGGAACGACGCGGAUAGAAGCAGGAGGCGGGAAAGAUGUGUCGUCGUCCUCCUACACUCUAACUUCCGGCUCCCAUCAACAAUCGUCCAGGCAAACUGUCAGCUCUAGUAGCACAAGUCAAGAACAUCAUCGCACAGCAUCUGGUUGCCGUAUGUUUGAUAGUUCUUCUGUCGCAUCCAAUCCUUCAGUGGACAUGGGUCCAGUGUCAUCCAUCAGAGAUGCCAGAUCCCAAUCGCCCGAACAACGCAUUGCCCUAAAGUCGACUGCAGGAUCUUAUAACGAAGGAGCGUUCAGCAACGGUUUGUCGAGAGGUGGCAGCAUCAGCAGCGUUCGCUCUCAAAGUUCCCAGCAACGGCAAUACUCCGAGUAUCAUUUGGCCAAUAGAAAACACGAUGGCAAUGCGUUCGUUACUGGAAUGCCUUCGGCCACAUCAGCCGAUGACGAGCCAUUCGAUGAGGAUUUCCAGGCAACUCCUUCAUCUGUUUCAGAGAGAGCUAAAGCGUGGAGCAGCCGAGGAGUAGCGUACAAUUUCGCCUCGGAAACGAGCACGAAUAACAAUAAAAGCGGCCCGUUAACCGAAGUGGAAACGAUCGUCAAAAAGACUCAAGUUGUUCGAACAUCUUCUACUGGACAACAGCCGCUAGGAUAUGGACCAGAUGAAAUCGAUUCUGCUCUCAGCGAUCUUAUGCGAGUCAGUCAAAUGGCCACACGAUCGGCUCAGCCCGAAAGGGAGAACGUGCAAGCACAGCAAACCAGUCGGACGGCCCAAGCUCAUCAUCAGCAAUUGUCGACUCAGCAGGUUCAUUCAACAAACCCAGUCGUGAUGCAGUCGGGAACUACUGAAAGCAACACGUUUAGCAGCAGCAGUAGUAGACAGCAAUUCUAUAGUUAUAGCAGCAACGCGAAAACAUCCGAGUCUAAUGAAAUGCCAGUUCAUUACGCCACGCCAGAUAAUCGACUGAAAUCAGUAUCGUCCAUCAGUUCGUCGAGUUUAUCGUCGACUGUUCAUCAUGCUCACGUUAUUGAUUAUUCUCGAAUUAGCCAAAAACAAAUUAGAGCUGCUGGAAUUCAAUCACUGUCGCACCACCAACUCAAUAGUCCUAUAUGCAAUUUUCCGGAUCAUGAAGAUUUUCCAUUGUAUAACCUUCGGAUUAUUCCGGAAUCAUCAGGGCUAUUGUGCAAUGUUGCGAAACAUCCGCAACCGAUGUGCAAUGUAGAGAAACAUCCGAAUUUCCCGUUGUAUGCGGCUUCGCCUCCUUGCCCACCGGGAUCACAGGAGGCGCAUCCCGUCUGCAAUAUCAAAAUUCAUCCUGCCUUGCAGUGCAACUUUCCCCGUCAUCCAGAUUAUCCUGGUUUUACGACAGGCUGUUCUCUAGCGGACAAGGAAACCAUUUGCAAUGUUCCGUCGCACCCCAUCCACAAUUCCGAUAAAGAACGCCAUCCGCACGACCGAAACCCAUCCAAAUGCAAUAUACCAGGCCAUCCAGAGUAUCCGGAUUACAUGUCGCUCACUGAGCCUCAGACGGAACCGUUUUGCGAUGUCCCUGGCCAUCCGUUUGGAUUGUGCAAUAUCCAAACACAUCCGCAAUAUCCAGAUAUGAUGGGCCCUGAAGAUCGAGAAGCCGCUCCUUACUGUUUUAUUCCUUCCCAUCCGGAACUAUUAUGCAAUAUUGCUCAUCAUCCAGACUAUCCAGGCUACAUGACGGAAGCUGAAAUGCCUUCGGAACCUAUCUGCAAUGUUCCCAGGCAUCCCCUUAUCCCGCAGGGUCUUGUUAAAAGAAAUCCACCGAUUCCUAAUCAACAGGAUCCUUUUUCCAGUCCUUAUGCCGUACCGACUACUCUUAAACCAAAAAUGUAUCAACGAGGCAUAGGAGGUUCUCCUUUGCCGACCAUUAGACGCCCUGAAAUAGAUCCUGGACUACAGUCGCCACCCAAAAAACUGGAUGAUUUGAUGGAUACGUUUAACGGGGGUCCCUACCAGCCAUACACGUCGACUCCGCGCGUUGGACCUGAUCCUACGCCUUUUACUGCUCCGUUGGUCGAGUCUAAUGGGCCAGCGCCGAUACCCAAGCAAUCCUUGUUCGUCGAGACGCCUAAAAAGUCAACUAUGAACGGCGCUAGCGCUCCACCUGUUUAUUAUCCACCCGAAACGAACGAAAUGUUUGCAAAAACGAGCCCUGAAGCCCCACUUUUAAUGUCGCAAUCGCAUUCAAUGUCAAUGGGAGGAGGAUCCAAAGGCAAAAUGAAAUAUUCUGCAAAAUAUUCUGCUGGUGGAUCAGAAUCAGAUACGAAAUUCAAAGCUGGAGCUGGCGGUGCUGCUGUCAUUCCCAUCUGCCUGCCUGUCUGCUGUGCCAUGCCGUGUGUUAUCAUGUGAAAAACGCAGCAUUUAAUGGGACCCAUAUUUUUAGACUAUUCCAAAAGUUUGAAGCUCAAAACAAUGAGAAAACGGUAUUUGAUCACAGGAAUUUUUGAAAGUGUUUCCGAUUUUACAACAUACUCUGUACCAUCGACAUUUUCUCUUAUUAUUUACGUUUCAGAAGAGGCUGGAACAUUGGCUGAAUUUUCUCAAGUUUUUUUUAUCACAAUCUGGCGUAAUAUGCAAAUAUGAUGUAAGACAGUGAAUGAUUGAUUAUGUUAACAUUAUUUUAAUCAUACAGGUGGUCAAGUCUGUUGUGGUGUUUAGCAUAGAAGUUUUUUAUUGAAACUGAAAUGUUGAGGUUUGCAUGUGAGAAAUGGAUAAAAUAGCACCAUAUUGCUAA